AUGAUGAAAGAGAUCGGUGACAAACAAGGAGAAGCAUCUGCUUACGGAAGUCUAGGAGUUGUGUUUCAUUCUGUUGAUCAAUAUACCAAGGCUGAAGAAUACCUUCAGAAAACAGUACUGAUCAGCAAAGAAAUCAGAGACAAAAAGGGAGAGGCAUCUGCUUACAAACAACUAGGAGAUGUGUUUCAUUCAGUUGGUCAAUAUACCAAGGCUGAAGAAUACCUUCAGAAAGCAUUGCUGAUCAGUAAAGAAAUCGGUGACAAAAAAGGAGAAGCAUUACAUUACACAAAUCUAGGAACUGUGUCCCAAACUGUUGGUCAAUCUACCAAGGCUGAAGGACACCUUCAAAAAGCUCUUCUGAUGAUGAAAGAGAUCGGUGACAAAAAAGGAGAAGCAUCUGCUUACGGAAAUCUAGGAACUGUGUUUCAUUCUGUUGGUCAAUAUACCAAGGCUGAAGAAUACCUUCAGAAAGCACUACUGAUCCGCAAAGAAAUCGGUGACAAACAAGGAGAAGCAUCAGAUUACGGAAAACUAGGAACUGUGUUGAAAUCUGUUGGUCAAUAUACCACGGCUGAAAAAUAUCUUCAAAAAGCACUACUGAUCAGUAAAGAAAUCGGUAACAAAGAGGGAGCAGCAUUACAUUACAAUAGUCUAGGAACUGUGUUCCAAACUGUUGGUCAAUCUACCAAGGCUGAAGAACACCUUCAAAAAGCACUUCUGAUGAUGAAAGAGAUCGGUAACAAAAAAGGAGAAGCAUCUGUUUACGGAAAUCUAGGAAUUGUGUUUCAUUCUGUUGGUCAAUAUACCAAGGCUGAAGAAUACCUUCAGAAAGCACUAGUUGUCAAGAAAGAAAUCGGUGACAAGCAAGGAGAAGCAUCUGCUUACGAAGGUCUAGGAACUAUGUUUCAGUCCGUUGGUCAAUAUACCAAGGCUGAAGAAGACCUUCAAAAAGCACUUCUGAUCAUGAAAGAGAUAGGUGACAAAGAAGGAGAAGCAUCUGCUUGCGGAAAUCUAGGAACUGUGUUUUGUUCUGUUGGUCAAUAUACCAAGGCUGAAGAAUACCUUCGGAAAGCACUACUGAUUAGGAAAGAAAUCGGUGACAAAGGAGGAGAAGCAUCUGCUUACGGAAAUCUCGGAACUAUGUUUAAGUCUGUUGGUCAAUAUACCAAGGCUGAAGAAUACCUUCAAAAGGAACUACUGAUCAGGAAAGAAAUCGGUGACAAACAAGGAGAAGGAGCUGUGUUUCGUUCUGCUGGUCAAUAUACCAAGGCUGAAGAAUACCUUCAGAAAUCACUGACGAUCCACCAUGAAAUCGGAAACAGACGUGGUGUUGCAGCUUCAUACUUAAAUCUGGGAGCACUUUGUACUUUGUUCUUUCAGCUUAAUAAAAAGGGUCAAGAAUUUGCUUAUAGAGCACUUGAGAUAGGUUACGAAAUACGGGACAUUGAAUUGCAGUUUCACAGCCACCUUAGCAUGGCUCUGAACUUGUUAGAGGCAGGAGGAAGCAUCAUUGAACUUGUGCGAAAUCUCUAUAAAAGCAUUCAAAAGUGCGAAGAAAUGCAUGAUUAUUUCAGAGUGAAAGAUCAAAUGAAAAUUUCAUUUUUUGAUGAGCAUGUCUCCCCUUACCUUCUUCUUUGCCAGUUGUUGACUUCCGCAGGCAGCUAUUAUGAAGCUCUUUACGUUGCCGAGCUUGGACGGUCCAGAGCACUUGCAGACAUACUGUCAGAUAAAUACUUUGUGAAAAAAAAGGUAUCAGUGAACCCAAAAUCAUGGGUUGGUGUUGAGAAUAUCAUGAGCAAAAAUGCCUUUAGUUCUUGUUUAUACAUAUCCUGUUUCCAUGAUGAGAUGUAUUUUUGGAUCAUUAAGCCAAACAAAACCAUAGUUUUGCGACACACGAAACUCAAAGAAAGUGCAGCUAAAGUGUUUGAAAAUCAAAGAUUUGGUGGCCCUCAGGAUUUACGUCAAGACCAAUGCGAAGAUCGAUCAUUUUUUUGUUCAUAUUUAAGCUCCCCGCCAUCAUGCAAACCAUCUCAGGAUGACACCUUUGCAACAUUACGCUUUAUAGAAGAAGAGGAACACGAAACGCACGACUCUGAGGAGCUUACUCUUGCUGAUGGCUACAAUAUCAUCGUCGCCCCUGUAGUUGACUUACUACAAGAAUCAGAAAUCAUUAUCGUACCGGAUCCAUUGUUGUACCCAAUUCCCUUUGCAGCUUUAAAGGAUGAUAAUGGACAUUAUUUAUCGGAUACUUUCAGGAUUCGUAUUGUACCUUCCUUGACGACUCUAAGGUUGAUUCAGCGCAGUCCAGUAGACUACCACAGUAAAACCGGUGCAAUAGUCAUAGGAGAGCCAGAGGUCAGUGGUGUAUACUACCAGGGAAAACUUCUAAAAUUAUGUCCCUUGCCUUGGGCAAGAAAGGAAGCAGAGAUGAUUGGGCGACUGCUCGGAGUUGAGCCAUUAUUGGGAAAAGAUGCUACUAAGCAAGCAGUCCUGGAAAGAAUGCAUCCCGUAAGUCUCAUUCACUUUGCUGCUCAUGGGUAUGAGGAACGUGGAGAAAUUGCUCUUUCCCCUAUAAGCCGGUACGGAACCCCGCACGAAGAGGACUACUUAUUGACGAUGGCUGAAAUUUCGCAAGUUCGACUGACUGCCAGGCUGGUUGUCCUUAGCUGCUGUCAUAGUGCUAGUGGCCAAGUGAGAGCUGAGGGAGUUGUUGGAAUUGCUCGAGCAUUUCUAGCUUCGGGUGCACGCGCCGUGCUGGCGGCACUGUGGGCUAUAGAGGAUAAAGCUACCAUGCAGUUUAUGAAUCAUUUUUACGAGCACCUCGUUCGUGGUGAAAGUGCAAGUGAAUCUCUUCACCAGGCCAUGAAAUGGAUGAGAGAGAAUCGCUUCUCUGACUUUAAGCAGUGGGCGCCGUUUAUGCUGAUUGGAGAUGAUGUGUCAUUCAAAGGUUAGUAAUUGACACCAUUUUUGGAUAUUGUUAAGUGUUACGUAUUUUCAAUCAAAAGAUGUACAGUUUAUGUUUGUGACAACGCAUUCUGAUGCAAAAUUCUGUAACGGGAGACAUUAUUUUGCUAGUCCCAUUAUCUGCUGUGUAAUUCUUCUCUGUACAGAGAAGAUAGGAGAACGAAUCUCCAAUUCAUUUUAUUUUGUGAGUUUGUGCUGAAUAUUUCGUAAAGCAUGCCCUGAACUCUCCAUGAAAUAACUGAAAUAUAAAUGUAGAGAACGUUGGCUGAGAUUCCAAAGAUCACAUGAUAGCAACCUACCGGUAUAUCGAUCACUGAGAAGAAACGUUAGAGUAAAUACACCUUUCUUGAGGUGAUUAUUUGAUAAAGAAAAAACAUUGCAUUCACUUUAAAUUAGAUUCAUCCCCGGCGACCCAGAGCAAGCUCAGAGCGACAUGAUAAUCACGUUUAAACUCAGUAGAAUGUAGAAGCAGAGUGGAAGACUUGUGAGCAGUACUGGCGCAAGCAGUUCCAGAAGCGUUUGGUUUCGCAGCCUUGCUUCUCUAGCAAAUGUGCAAAGGGCAACUCCCUUCUGUUCGCUUUCUUUUAUACUGACCAUUUUCUCAAUAGCCCUGAGAUCUCAGCGUUAGCUUGAGAUCUUUGCGCCAGAGCUGAAUAUUGUAGCGAUAGCAAUGGACUAUUAGCGAUAGCCAGCGAUAGCCACUGUUUUUGUUUAGCGAUACCUCUAACUUUUUGGCGGUAGCCCCGAGAUUUUGAUUAGAGAUAACAAUUCAUGAAUUUGACGCACGUUUUUCGAUAGUCCUGAGAUUUUAGCGAUAGGAGUUCGAUAUUUUAGCGGGAACAAUUGGAAGUUGCCUUUUAUUAUAUGUCAUUCGAUUACACGAUUUACACGAAAGCGACCCUGCAUGAUUGCGUUUUCCUUUUACUUUUUUUGCAGGUGUUUUUAAGGGUAAGAUCAGUCUGAAAGAUCUCGAAGGUGCUGACUGAAACAAGGAACUUGUGAACAUGAGUUAUCGUGUCAUUGAACUUGUAAAAAAUUGUUAAGUAAACAUUAACUUUUAGAAGUGGCCUUUCCUGAGUUUGUAAAGUGGACAGGUGAAAUUGGUACAUUUUUAUUUAGGUGCCAUUUGCGCAACUCAAGGAUGGGGUAGGCAGGAUAAACAGGAGGUUAAGUUUCUAUCCAGACGUCAAAGUUGCGUUGACUUCACUCUAGCCUUUUACUAUAUAUUCGGCGCCUCUUUCAUUCUGCGUGACUCCUGCU